GCUGGCCAGGAGGCAUUCAGGUCCAUCACCAGGUCAUAUUACCGAGGAGCUGCUGGUGCGCUUCUUGUUUACGACAUCACUCGCCGGGAGACUUUCAACCACCUCACACAGUGGCUGGAGGAUGCCCGGCAGCACUCUAAUUCCAAUAUGGUCAUUAUGCUUAUCGGAAACAAGAGUGACUUAGAGUCACGACGAGAGGUGAAGCGUGAGGAGGGAGAGGCGUUCGCCCGUGAGCACGGCCUUGUCUUCAUGGAAACAUCAGCCAAGACAGCCGCUAAUGUGGAGGAAGCUUUCAUUAAUACAGCAAGGGAAAUUUAUGAGAAGAUCCAGGAGGGCGUGUUCGAUGUUCAUAAUGAGGCCAAUGGUAUCAAAAUCGGACCCCAGCAUUCCCCAAGUGGAGCCGGGUUGGCGGGCAACCAGGGAGCUGCAGGAGGCCAGGGAGGAGGAUGUUGCUAAUCCGUGAGGAGCCCCUCCCCUCCCCUCCUUCACCCCACCCCCUUGGAUGACAGUGGGCAGGGGCAAGGACCUGAUGUAGAGAAGACUUUUUAAAAAGAAAAAAGGGAGAUGUGGGAGUGCCCCCCCUUCCCUCCCUUGGCCCCCCUUUGCCUUGGGCAGGGAGGGGGGAGGUCCCAGGUUCUUUCUUUUCCGACAGCUACUUCAACCCACCAGGAAAGCACGAGCUGGUGUGCUUGGCAGAGAAGGGUCCUGAUGGAAACAGAAUCAAGCUGAGGUCACUGGUCAGCAUCUUCCUUUCCAUGUCCACCUUUAAGCAGCAGCCAUCAAAACACUCAGCAACUCUGCACUUGAGCCCAUCCCUCUCGCUUGCUGCCUUGCCAAAAGGAGGAACUUGGAGAGAUUGUACAUUUUGUGCAGUGUACAUUUGGUGUAUAUUUUGAUUGUGAGAAGAUUCUGUGGAUGUUGCAUUUGUCAGCAUACCAAGUCAUUUGUUUAUUAGCAUCUGUAAUUGGAUUGGAUUUUUUUAUUAGCACUUUUAGGGCAUGGGCAAUAGGUAUAUGUGGAGAUAAAAGGAACAGUGAGUGAGUUAAGCAACAGCAAGCACAAACUUGUGCAAGUAAAACAUAAGUCAGACCUGCAAGCAUUUGGCAUCAUCAGGUCAAGACAGAAGUAGUUUAAUUAUAAUCUUUAUUUUAUUUUAUUUUUUUCCUUCCUAAUUACCAAGAAGAUGCCCAGCUUUGUCCAGGCAUCUUGCAGCACGUAAUAUUGUAUUUGCAUUUUGAUUCACCGACACUUCAGUCGGUACCUGGGACAAUGGGAAAGAAAAAAACAAGAAUAAUAAUUGAUAUUUUUUAUACUUGCAUGUAGACUCCUAUAUCAUUGGUCUGGAAUAGUUCUGUAUAACUUAAUAUAUAAUGACACCUUUAUUCUCUAGGUUUUCCAUAAUGCUGAAUCAGUAUAUAUAUAUAUAUAUAUGUAGGAACUGAAAAGGUCUUUGAAGCUGAAGACCAUCAUGUUUUUAGUACUGAUGGUUCCACUUAGAGCUUGGGGGAGUACCUCGUCUUUCGCUCAGAUCCUUAGCGUUCUGUGAUGUUGUGGGUUAGUCAUGCCAGCUUCUGAUCGUCGAUGCAAGCUGCUCUCUAGAGUAGGGGUACAAGAAAACCAUGUAUAUGUAUAUAUGUGUAUAUGUACAAGUCCCCAUCUCCUUUCCCAUUUCACCAAACCCUUUAAGACCUGUACCUUCCCAGCCCCCUACCCUUUGAUUCCAAGAAUGUGACAAAAGACAUGAUAGCAGCCCUUCUCAGAACUCAGAACUUUUGCAGAGGUAGUUAUCAAUCGUCCGCCGGGACACAAUUUUACUGAGCUCCCACAUUAGCUUUGGGGAACACGAGCUAGCCGUGUCAAUCCCCCUGUCUCACUGAACCAUCGUGGUGGUGCCAGAAGUCCCUGCCACCCCUACCUAAAACGAGGGUGGCUAGAUUGCAUAGUCUUGAUUAUUGUUUAGCACUGAUGACCCCCUCAGAAACCCAGCUGAGCAUGGAGUACUUACAUACCUGCUCUCCCAUGGUAUCUCUUUGAUAAUCUCUCUCUUGGAUGAUAAAUACAGCACCACAUUGGUUGGGUUAAAGGUAUUCUUAAUCCAUCUAAAUCAGCAAUUCUCUAACUAGUAUAGACUAUAUAUACUUGGAUAGAUUUAAAAAAAAAAAAUCACACCUGUAAUACUUUCAUUGCAAUUAAAGAAAAUUGUAUUAUAUCAUUCCAUACUCCUUGGCAGGAGUUGAUGCAUGUCAGUAAUGAAUUGUGUGUUGAAGUGCACUACUAUUUCAUCAAGCAAAAAGAAAAAAAAGGAAGAGAAAAAGAUUUUGUUAAAGAGAGAGAAAAAAUAAAGUAGAACAGAAUAAAGAAACAGACAAGGAACAGCUUAUAUUUGAUACCCACUUAUUAAAUAAGUAUAAUUUGUGCUCAAGAAUUUAUGUAGAGCUAAGAAUGGCAUUAUCCUGUCUUUAUAGUAAAUAUGGUUAGAAUUUUUCACUAUUUAUUCCUUUCCCUGACCCCAUUAUUUGACUAUGCCUAUUUUCUGAUAGACAGAGAGAAUUAACUGAUAACUGGUUAUCAUGCAUUAUUUUUCUAGUGGCUAGGAAUGAAGGGAAGAAAUUUUGAGGUGAUUGCUGUCAUAGAACUUCUGAAUCACAAAUUUAAAGAUUAACAUUUAUAUUGCAAGUGAACAAAUUCAUGCUGUCAGUGUUUUGUGUGUGGUAAUAAGAUAGAUUGUGUGCAAGAACAGGGCAGAAUUUGUUCAUCUCUCUUUAGCAAAUUGGUCAUUUGCAUUUCCUGAGCUCAGUUCAUGCAUAAUAUACAAGAAGUCCUUAUAUAAGUCUGAAUUGUGAAGGUCUGUGGUGGAACACAUUCCAGAAUCUGACCCAGAACUUCAACCAAUAGCAAAUGGAUGAGAAAGGCUAUGAUCACAAUAUUUUCACUCCCUUGACUUUAAGUUUCACCAACUUCUCAUUUUUCUCCGGUAAAACAUUUCAAGGUAGCAGGCAGGAAAUGUGACAGUGACAAGUUUUAUCAUCUGUUGCAACACAAAACUAAGUGUUUUGCUGGAGUUGCGAUGGGGUUCUGGUUGUUAAUAUUGAGUUUGGUUCAUGAUUAAUUUAGUAUUAUAAAUCAUUAUUAUUAUUUUUUUUUUUUUUUUUUUUUUUUAUUAUAUUAUAUUUUUUUUUUUAUCGUUUAUUCAUCUAGAAUGUAGAGCAGUGAUUUUAUUUUCCCUCUUUAUGCUGUGUGCUGUAAUGAUGUUUUCCAAUUAUCUCCAAAUGAUCUGUGAACAUAGUGUGUGAAUCUGUUUUUUUUUGUUGUUGUUGCUAUUCUAACAGGUAUCUCUAGUAGGGAAAGGCCUUUUUGGUAUCUUCAAUUGUAUCUUGUAAACACUUCUUCCAUAAGAAAAUAUAAUUAUAAAAUUUAAAAAACCAAAGAAUGUACUAGAAUCAAGUUUCUCUUAAUAGAAAAAAUAUAUAUGGGAAAGAUGAUGGUACUCUAGGUCUGUAAUGGCAGUUCAUUACAGAUUUGGGGAAAACUAUAAAGGUUUGGUUUUAUACAAACACACAUACAUAUAUACACACCCUUAUAUAAUGAUACUGUAUGUGAAUAUCCAUAAAAAAAAAAAAAAAAAAAAAAAAA